AUGAAAUCGAUGUGGUUUUAUAUGACUGUAGUCGGUUUCGGUUUGCUGAUAUUCACUAAGUCGGAAGCAGUUCAAAAACGCCGUGACAGUAGCAAAUACGACAUUAGUUUUUAUGAUCUGCGCACGAACAAAACGUUCAGCUACCCUAUAGUGUCAUUCGGUCCGGAGGAUGAUCGCACCAGGAAUGAACAACCGGUUGGGAACACGUGCUACUGUCAAGGGUUACUAUGCGGAUGCUGCAUGGGAAUGAAGAUCGAUCAACUAAAUUUCAAUCAACAUUUUUGUACUAAUCUGGCUUACGAACCGUACGAAUUUGCUAUCAACGUGCAGGUGCUGAUGAAUCAAAGCAGCAUCUAUCAGAAUUCGUUUUCGGCCAAAAAUCCUCCACCUGCAUGUCUGCCCGUUCCGAUUCCUUACAUUCCCCUGAACGCCGAUCUAUGUCUGAAGCUGUUCGACAUUUAUACUCCCCGACAGAAUCUUCACGCCUGCAUGGAUAUCGAGGCACGCGUUUGGAGAUUUCCGCUGCUGAUUCUGCACUUCGAGUGCAUGCGAAUGGGACAGGAUGGGUUUAUCUUUCUCAAACCGGAGGACGGUGAUGGAUUUACGGAGACGGUCGCUCCAGACGUAUACGAUGAAGUUGACGAUUUGAAAAGUCAACUUGGAAAGGAAAAUAAAACAAACAGUUGAAAUAAAUU